AUGAAACAUGAGUAUGAGAAUUCCUCAAGCAAUCUAUAUUUUAAGGCGAGCAGAGUUACACUGCUUCCACUGGGGAUGGCCCUUCAUGCAAAAAUCGUGACAGACAGCAGAGCUUUUGACUAAGCACUUUGUGUCCCCAAUGAACUUGAGGCCACACCCCACAAAUUUGGUGAGGAUGGUCAAUACAUCUGCAAGAACAUCCUACAAAUCUCGCACCCUUCUGAUGUAGCUCGAAGCCUUGGAUGUAUGCGGAAUAUUCAACCUUCAUACAGGACUGGGAGGUCAGUAAGGAGGCUCGUCUUAGUCAUGAUUCGAAAGAGCCUUGCGAGAUUUCCCUGUAGCUCCUGAGGUACUACCUCCAGGAAAUCCUGCAGAUAUGCAGUGCAUGUGCCCAGUAUUAAAGGGACAGAGGACGUGCAGGAGAAUCCAAUUCAGGAUCAGCCAUCUUCACAUCUUCUGAAACCACUAAGGGCAACACAAUGAAGUCCCCAUUCGUUCUCGCAAUUCUCUCGCUGGCACUGAUGCUCGGACAGCGUGCAUCAAUGGCCACAGCUCAGAAAAUGGUCUUUGCUCACUACUUGAUUUACGCACCGGAUUCCAUCGACACAUACAAGCGGGAAAUCUCUCUCGCUCAAAGCAAGGGCAUCGACGCAUUCGCAUUGAACACCAAUGUCUACCGAAAGAACUUGUUCGAUAAUAUUUACGAGGCAGCGAGACAGGUCGGGUCCAGCUUCAAGCUCUUCUUCUCAGCUGACAUCCACGUCGAUGGCAAUGGCCGCCUCUCUCCGGCCAACAUCGUCAGCAUGCUCGCCGACUACAGAACCCAUCCGAACCAGCUGUUCUACAACAACAAGGCAUUGUUCACCUCGUGGCUCGGCAACAACAACGACUACUGGUCGUUCUACGGCUACGCGAACUCCAAAGCUGCCUGGGAUGACAUCUUCUCACAGGCCGGUGGCAAGAGCCUGUACUUCUUCAUCCCCUUCUUCCCGACCGAUGGGUCCUACUACGGCGUCAAGGGGAUCGUUUACGACACCUUCGGAUCGACCGUCGACGGGUACUUCGGAUGGGAGAGCUCGGCCUGGAAUUAUUUGGGAGGCAAUUUCGACACCCCCGGGACAACGCCUGGAGAUGCCAGCUCUUUGACGGUGAGCAACGAUCUGGGCAAGACGUACAUGGCUGCGGCGGCACCCUGGUUCUUCAAGAAUCUCGGAGGCACCUCAGGCACCAUAUGCUGCGUGGCAAAUUCUCCGUCCUGCAAUCCUGCCGCUGGAAGGGACGCGAAUUCCGAAUGUCCCUGUCAUGUGAAGGGCAACUAUCAAGGGCCAGGUCUCUGGGUGCAGCAUUGGGGCCAGAUCAUCGCCAAUCCUCCUCCUCUGGUGGAAAUCGUCUCGUGGAAUGACUGGAUCGAAGGGCAUUACAUCGCUCCGGGUUACAGCUCUGGUGCAGCCGCUUCCUCUGCCUACGUCGACGUCGCUGGAUUUCCUCAUCAAGCGUACCUGGAGCUCGGCCAGCAUUACAUUCAGUGGUACAAAACAGGAUCCGAGCCCAUCGCUACGAAGGACUCGGUUUAUUUGUUUUACUACACCAUGCCCAAAUCCACGUCCAUCCCUGGAGUGUGCGGCAUCCUGCAUGCAGACAAGCUAUCUGAUGUUCUCUACGGGGCAGUGAUCCUCUCUCCGGGUCCGUCCGCUACCGUCACAUUGCAUUCUGGUGGUUCUACGCACACACAGACUGUCACCCAGGGCGUGUCGGUUAUCGGAAUGGGAUUCUCUACUGGCACACAAUCGCUGACCUUCACUCGUGGCUCGACGACCUUCACUCUGACUGGCGCCAAGCCCAUCAUCAACUCCGGCAUGCCCAAGUAUGACUUCAAUGUCUAUUCUACAUUCUGCGCUGACGUGCAGAAUGGGCACUGCGGCAGCUGAUUCAGACCCACGCUCGUUCUCAAUAAAGGGAACUCGUGGGCUGCCAACAUUGUGCCUCUCUGAGCACCAGAUCAAAGGGCUUCACCGAGAUCUCGAAUAAUAAUUGUACCUCACGGUGCUGGAACAAAGGAAACACUUAAAAGAUAGAUAUUAGUGGAGACAUGUUUUUAACGUCAGUUUUCUUUAACGUAAUAAAUCUUUUCAUGUCCUUUAAUUACAAUUAUCCAUACUACUCGGACUAAGUUAGAAUCUGUUUUCAUUUGAGAACAAUAUAGCCCUACUAUGUGUAAAAACUAAUCACUGCUUGCUUGUGCUUCACAGCGAAAGCCUAUGUUUUUAUGCAUGUCCC